GGACUCCACACUUUCACACAAGUUGCCAAGGACCUGCAGACUCACCUCUCUCUCUGUCUCUUCCCUCCUUUCUGCAGUGGAAUCCGAAGCCCCAGGACUGAGCUGCCUCUCUGUUCUAUAUCUUUCAUUCCUUUUCCAUCUUCCUUUAACACAAACAGCAGACCUGACCUGCUGCAGUCACCCCCAAAAAGGACUCACAGAAAGGAAACAGAAGACAGGAAGUAGAAAGAAAAAUUGGGAAGGAAAUUUGGGCAAACUCUCCUCCCUCACAGGACACUGGGGACUGAGGAAGCCCCUGUAAGGGUUAAUCGAACCGUAGCCAAAAAACAUCUCACUGUUUCCAAGCGGAGGACAAAUAAUAAGGGAACUAAUUUAAUUGUUGAGGUCAGUUUGAGCUUGAUUUCACAGAUUUUGGGCUUUGGAUCCAGCAGUUGCCUGCUCACUUUUUCUCUGAUUCACCCCACCCUUUUUUGUUUCAUUAGCUGAUCCCCAUAUAAAAAGCAGAAAGCUUCCAAAGCAAAGUCAUCAUGAGCAGCAACGAUUAUUACGACCAGCAGCAGUUUUGCCAGGGCGAAGAGGUAGAUGAGAUGCCUGCUACAGAGAAGGACUUGGCAGAAGAUGCCCCAUGGAAGAAGAUCCAGCAGAACACCUUCACCAGGUGGUGCAACGAGCAUCUCAAGUGUGUGAACAAGAACAUGGGGGACCUGCAGAAGGACCUGAGCGAUGGCCUCAAGCUCAUAGCCCUGCUCGAGGUGCUUAGUCAGAAGAAGAUGUACAGAAAGUACCACUCCAGACCCAACUUCAGGCAGAUGAAACUGGAGAACGUGUCCGUGGCUCUGGAAUUCUUGGAUCGGGAGCACAUCAAGCUGGUGUCUAUAGAUUCAAAAGCCAUUGUAGAUGGGAACCUAAAGCUGAUCCUGGGUCUAAUCUGGACACUUAUCCUGCACUACUCCAUUUCUAUGCCCAUGUGGGAGGAUGAGGACGAAGAAGAUGCCAAGAAGCAGACUCCAAAGCAGAGGCUUCUAGGAUGGAUACAAAACAAAAUACCACAGCUUCCAAUCACCAAUUUCCACCGUGACUGGAAGGAUGGCAAAGCUUUGGGAGCUCUUGUAGAUAACUGUGCCCCAGGUCUCUGUCCAGACUGGGAGGCUUGGGAUCCAAACCAGCCUGUGGAAAAUGCAAGAGAGGCCAUGCAGCAGGCAGAUGAUUGGUUGGGAGUGCCACAGGUCAUUGCUCCAGAGGAAAUUGUAGAUCCCAACGUGGAUGAGCAUUCAGUUAUGACUUACCUGUCUCAGUUUCCUAAAGCCAAACUGAAACCAGGAGCACCACUUCGAUCCAAGCAGCUACACCCUAAGAAAGCAACUGCCUAUGGACCAGGUAUUGAGCCUCAUGGAAACAUGGUUCUGAAACCUGCCUACUUCACAGUAGAGACCAUACAUGCUGGUCUGGGAGAGGUAUUGGUGUUUGUGGAAGAUCCUGAAGGACACACUGAAGAGGCCAAAGUUAUUCCCAACAAUGACAAGAACAGAACCUACUCAGUAAGCUAUGUUCCAAAGGUUGCUGGCCUCCAUAAGGUCACUGUAUUGUUUGCUGGUCAGAAUAUCAACAAAAGUCCGUUUAAUGUCAAUGUUGCCAUGGCAUUGGGAGAUGCUAAUAAGGUGACAGCACGAGGACCUGGACUGGAGCCUGUUGGAAAUGUGGCCAAUAAACCAACAUAUUUUGAUAUCUACACUGCAGGUGCUGGGUCUGGAGAUGUUGGUGUAAUCAUUGUAGACCCACAGAACCAUCAAGAUACAGUAGAAGUAAUUUUAGAAGAUAAAGGAGACAAUACAUACCGCUGCACUUAUCGUCCCAACAUGGAGGGACCCCACAAAGUAUUCAUUACUUUUGCUGGGACUCAGAUCCCCAAAUGCCCAUAUGUUGUCAAUAUCUCAGAAGUGUUGCCUCAGGCUCCCAGCACACCUCCCUUGCAGAUCACCCCUCAGGCAAUUGUCACCCCGCCACCUGAUAAAGCCAAGAAAGUGGCCCCCCCACCUCCACCCAAACCCAAACCACGCAAGUCAACAAGCAAUCCCAAUGCCUGCAGAGCCACAGGCCGAGGCCUACAGCCCAAAGGUGUGCGUGUCAAGGAAGUGGCUGAUUUUAAAGUGUUCACGAAAGGAGCUGGAAGUGGAGAACUAAAAGUCACUGUUAAAGGGCCAAAAGGUACAGAGGAACCAGUCAAAAUUCGUGAUGCAGGUGAUGGUGUAUAUGAAUGUGAUUAUUAUCCAGUGUUGCCAGGAAAAUACACAGUGACUAUCACAUGGGGUGGAAUUGCCAUCCCCAGGAGCCCCUUUGAAGUCCAUGUUAGCCCAGAAGUAGGAUUACAGAAAGUGAGGGCAUGGGGUCCUGGCCUAGAGACUGGCAUGGUUGGUAAAUCAGCUGAUUUUGUAGUGGAAGCAAUAGGCACAGAAGUUGGGACUCUUGGCUUCUCCAUUGAAGGUCCAUCCCAGGCAAAGAUUGAGUGUGAUGACAAGGGUGAUGGAUCUUGUGAUGUACGGUACUGGCCCACAGAACCCGGCGAGUAUGCAGUUCAUGUCAUUUGUGAUGAUGAAGAUAUAAAAGACAGCCCUUUCAUUGCUCAUAUCCUGCCAGCUAGCAACAAAGGAUUUCCUGAGAAGGUUAAAGCAUAUGGAAAGGGAUUGGAACCCACAGGCUGCAUAGUAGAGCAUCCUGCUGAAUUUACUAUUGAUGCUCGAGCUGCUGGCACAGCCGAACUGAAAAUCUAUGCUCAGGAUGCAGAGGGGUCACCAAUUGACAUCAAGAUCAAGGACAAUGGUGACAACACAUAUGUGUGUGUCUAUGUGCCAACCAAGCCAAUCAAGCACACAAUCAUCAUUACAUGGGGCGGAGUCAAUAUUCCAAACAGCCCAUACAGGGUGUCAGUGGGAGAGGGCUGUCAUCCCAGUAAAGUAAAGGUUUAUGGACCUGGUGUAGAGAAGACAGGACUAAAAGCCAAUGAGCCAACAUAUUUUACUGUGGACUGCAGUGAGGCUGGACAAGGAGAUGUUAGCAUUGGGAUUAAAUGUGCACCUGCAGUUGUUGGACCAGCAGAAGCAGAUAUUGACUUUGACAUUAUCAAGAAUGACAAUGAUACUUUUACUGUAAAAUACACACCCCCUGGAGCAGGGAGAUAUACCAUCAUGGUGCUGUUUGCUGACCAGGAAAUACCUAUCAGUCCAUUCCGAGUCAAGGUAGAUCCAUCACAUGAUGCUAGCAAAGUCCGUGCAGAAGGCCCAGGGCUAAACCGUACAGGAGUGGAGGUCGGAAAACCAACACAUUUUACUGUUUAUACCAAGGGAGCAGGGAAGGCCAAGCUUGAUGUUCAGUUUACUGGAAGCAUUAAGGGUGAAGCUGUACAAGACUUUGAAAUCAUUGAUAACCAUGACUAUUCAUACACUGUGAAGUACACAGCUGUGCAGCAGGGAAGCCUGACUGUGUCAGUAACUUAUGGCGGCGACCCCAUUCCUAAAAGUCCAUUCAUUGUUAAUGUGGCACCUCCCCUAGAUCUGAGCAAAGUCAAGGUUCAAGGACUUAACAACAAAGUAGAUGUUGGGAAAGACCAAGAGUUUUCAAUUGAUACCAGUGGAGCUGGAGGUCAAGGGAAAGUGGAUGUGAAGAUCACAUCUCCUUCUCGUCGGCCAAUACCAUGCAAAGUAGAGACUGGAGUCACAAGUGAUAUUCACACAGUGAAAUACAUGCCCCCUGAGGAGGGGCCAUACAAAGUUGACAUCAGCUAUGAUGGACAUCCUGUGCCAGGAAGCCCCUUCUCUGUGGAGGCAGUGAUGCCACCUGACUCUUCCAAGGUUCGUGCCUAUGGUCCAGGAUUGAAAGGAGGUUUUGUAGGAAAACCAGCCCCUUUUGCCAUUGACACCAAAGGAGCUGGUACAGGAGGAUUGGGUCUUACAGUAGAAGGUCCAUGUGAGGCAAAAAUUGAAUGCCAGGAUAAUGGGGAUGGCUCCUGUUCAGUUUCUUACCUUCCCACUGAACCAGGGGAAUAUUCUAUAAACAUCCUAUUUGCAGAGUCGCACAUUCCAGGCUCUCCAUUUAAGGCUGACAUCCGCCCUGUCUUUGACCCCAGCAAGGUCACAGCUAGUGGACCCGGCCUUGAAAGAGGGAAAGCUGGUGAAGUGGCCACCUUCACUGUGGAUUGCUCAAAAGCUGGAGAUGCUGAGCUUACAAUUGAGAUCCUAUCAGAUUCAGGUUCAAAGGCUGAAGUACUAAUUCAGAAUAACAGUGAUGGAACCUACAGCAUCACCUACACCCCAUCAUGCCCUGGUGCCUACACAAUUACCAUCAAGUAUGGAGGACAUGCUGUGCCAAAAUUCCCUGUGCGUGUGAAUGUAGAGCCUGCAGUAGACACCAGCGGAGUGAAAGUGUUUGGCCCAGGGGUGGAACCAAGAGGGGUUCUUCGUGAGGUAACUACAGAAUUCACCAUUGAUGCUCGCUCCCUCACUAAGACUGGUGGCAGCCAUGUGAUCACACGUGUCCUUGCCCCUUCUGGAGCUGUCACUGAGAGUUUAAUAUCAGACAAGGGAGAUGGCACCUACCAUGUGCAGUAUACAGCAUAUGAGGAUGGAGUGCAUUUGAUUGAAGUGCUCUAUGAUGAUGUUCCAGUGCCCAAGAGCCCCUUCCGUGUGACUGUGACUGAGGGCUGUGAUCCUUCUCGUGUACGGGCAUAUGGUCCAGGGCUUGAAGGAGGUCUACUUAACAAGUCUAACCCUUUUACUGUGGAGACACGGGGAGCUGGCACUGGGGGUCUUGGUCUGGCCAUAGAAGGUCCUUCUGAAGCAAAAAUGUCAUGUAAGGAUAAUAAAGAUGGAAGCUGCAGUGUGGAAUACAUACCUUUUACUCCAGGAGAUUAUGAUGUGAAUAUCACAUUUGGAGGGCGUCCCAUUCCAGGAAGCCCCUUCCGUGUCCCAGUUAAAGAGAUUGUGGACCCCAGCAAAGUGAAGUGUUCUGGUCCUGGACUUGGAGCUGGCGUCAGAGCUCAUGUACCUCAGACGUUUACAGUGGAUUGUAGUAAAGCUGGACUAGCACCACUUGAAGUGCUGGUACAGGGACCCUCAGGUUUAGCAGAGCCUGUAGAUAUAAGAGAUAAUGGAGAUGGGACACACACUGUUAACUAUACUCCAGCUACAGAUGGACCUUACACUGUGUCUGUAAAAUAUGCUGAUCAGGAGGUGCCACGAAGCCCAUUCAAGAUCAAAGUGCUGCCAACCCACGAUGCUAGCAAAGUUCGUGCCAGUGGCCCUGGUCUAAACACAGCAGGUAUUCCAGCCAGCCUGCCUGUUGAGUUCACCAUUGAUGCCCGUGAUGCAGGGGAAGGUCUGCUAACUGUUCAGAUUCUGGACCCUGAAGGUAAACCAAAGAAAGCAAACAUCAGAGGCAAUGGUGAUGGCACCUACACAGUGUCUUAUGUACCAGACAUGGCUGGAAGAUACACUAUCACCAUCAAAUAUGGAGGAGAUGAAAUUCCUUACUCACCUUUCCGAAUCCAUGCCGUGCCCACUGGUGAUGCCAGCAAGUGCUUAGUGACAGUGUCUAUUGGAGGACAUGGAUUAGGAACCUGCCUGGGACCUUCCAUUCAGAUUGGAGAGGAGACCGUAAUCACAGUUGAUGCUAAAGCUGCAGGGAAAGGCAAGGUGACUUGCAAAGUAUCAACACCUGAUGGAGGAGAGCUGGAUGUUGAUGUAGUGGAAAAUCAGGAUGGAACUUUUGACAUUUACUACACAGCUCCUGAGCCCGGCAAAUAUAUCAUCACAAUCCGUUUUGGUGGGGAGCACAUACCCAACAGCCCCUUCCAUGUUGUGGCGACAGAGGAGCCAGUAGUGCCCGUAGAGAACUUGGAUACAAUGCUAAGGCCGUUCAGUCUGGUCAUUCCCUUUACUGUGCAAAAAGGGGAAAUUACAGGUGAAGUCCGAAUGCCUUCUGGGAAGACAGCUCGUCCCAAUAUUACAGAUAACAAAGAUGGGACUGUCACUGUGAAAUUUGCACCUGUUGAAAAAGGACUACAUGAGAUGGACAUAAAGUAUGAUGGAAACCAUAUCCCAGGAAGCCCACUGCAGUUUUAUGUAGAUGCCAUUAAUAGCAGACAUGUAAGUGCAUAUGGGCCAGGACUGAGUCAUGGAAUGGUGAAUAAACCAGCAACAUUUACUAUUGUUACAAAGGACGCCGGGGAAGGUGGAUUAUCCCUGGCAGUUGAAGGACCAUCCAAAGCUGAGAUCACUUGCAAAGACAAUAAAGAUGGCACUUGUACUGUAUCCUACUUGCCAACAGCCCCUGGUGACUAUAACAUCAUUGUGAGAUUCGAUGAUAAACACAUCCCUGGUAGUCCAUUUACUGCCAAAAUAACAGGAGAUGACUCAAUGAGAACUUCCCAGCUAAAUGUGGGAACCUCCACAGAUUUUUCCCUCAAGAUUACAGAAUCAGACUUGAAUUUGCUUACUGCUAGUAUCAGAGCUCCAUCUGGAAAUGAGGAGCCUUGUCUACUGAAGAGGCUUCCCAACAGGCAUAUUGGUAUCUCAUUUACACCAAAAGAAGUUGGUGAGCAUGUAGUAAGUGUUAAGAAGAAUGGAAAGCAUGUCACUAACAGUCCAUUCAAAAUCAUGGUGGGUCCAUCUGAAAUUGGGGAUGCCAGCAAGGUGAAGGUAUCUGGAAAGGGAUUGCUGGAGGGAGUAACUUUUGAAGUGGCUGAAUUCAUUGUGGACACCAGGAAUGCAGGAUACGGAGGAUUGGGGUUAUCCAUCGAAGGCCCAAGUAAGGUGGAUAUAAAUUGUGAAGAUAUGGAAGAUGGAACAUGUAAAGUAUCAUACUGCCCUACUGAGCCUGGAACAUACAUUAUAAACAUUAAAUUUGCUGAAAAACAUGUGCCAGGAAGUCCAUUUAUGGUAAAAGUAACUGGUGAGGGACGUAUGAAGGAGAGUAUAACCAGAAGGCGUCAGGCUCCUACUAUUGCCAGCAUUGGCAGCACCUGCGAUCUCAACUUGAAGAUACCAGGAAAUUGGUUCCAGAUGGUAUCAGCUCAAGAACGUCUAACUCGCACCUUCACGCGCAGCAGCCACACAUACACACGUACUGAGCGCACAGAGAUCAGUAAGACCAGCGGAGGUGGGACAAAACGUGAAGUGCGUGUGGAGGAAUCUACUCAGGUUGGCGGUGAUCCUUUCCAUAAUGUCUUUGGAGACUUUCUGGGUCGGGAAAGCCUAGGAUCAUUCAGCAGCAUUGCACGGCAGGAGGGAGAGGCAGGUGCCCAGGAUAUGACAGCCCAAGUAACAAGCCCCUCUGGACAGACAGCAGAUGCAGAAAUAAUUGAUGGUGAAGAUAACACAUACAGUGUGCGUUUUGUGCCACAGGAGAUGGGUGCUCACACAGUUAGUGUCAAGUACCGUGGUCAGCACGUUCCUGGUAGUCCCUUCCAGUUCACUGUUGGGCCUAUGGGAGAGGGGGGAGCCCAUAAAGUCAGGGCUGGAGGCCCCGGCCUGGAAAGGGGAGUUGCAGGAGUACAAGCUGAAUUUAGCAUCUGGACACGAGAAGCAGGAGCUGGAGGUCUAUCAAUAGCAGUGGAAGGUCCAAGUAAAGCAGAGAUCUCUUUUGAGGAUCGUAAGGAUGGAUCCUGUGGAGUGUCUUACAUUGUACAAGAAGCAGGUGAUUAUGAGGUUUCCAUCAAAUUUAAUGAUGAGCACAUUCCAGACAGUCCAUUUGUAGUACCUGUGGCUUCUCAUUCUGAUGACGCCCGGCGACUGACAGUGACCAGCCUACAGGAGACCGGAAUAAUAGUUAAUCAGCCUGCCUCAUUUGCUGUCCAACUGAAUGGAGCCCGUGGAGUGAUAGAUGCCAAGGUUCACACCCCAUCAGGAAUGGUUGAAGAGUGUUACGUAUCAGAAGUUGAUAGUGAUAAGUACUCAAUCCGUUUCAUUCCACGGGAAAAUGGUGUGCACUCCAUCGAUGUUAAAUUUAAUGGACGUCACAUACCAGGCAGCCCCUUCAAGAUUCGUGUGGGAGAACAAAGUCAAGCAGGCGACCCUGGUCUUGUUACCGCUUACGGGCAUGGACUGGAGGGUGGAGUCACAGGCAGACCCUCUGAAUUCAUUAUAAGUACUCUGAAUGCUGGACCUGGAUCCCUCUCUGUGACUAUUGAUGGACCUUCUAAAGUGAAACUGGAUUGUCAGGAUUCCCCUGAGGGCUACAAAGUCUCCUACACACCAAUGGCCCCUGGAAACUACCUGAUUUCCAUCAAAUAUGGUGGUCCACAACACAUUGUAGGAAGUCCAUUUAAGGCCAGAGUGACAGGUACGCGUCUCUCAGGUGGUCACAGCCUUCAUGAAACUUCCACAGUGCAAGUGGAAACUGUCAUCAAAUCAUCUGAAUCUGUUGGCGGAUAUGGCAUGGCAGGGCCUAAAUUCUCAUCAGACGCUUCUAAAGUGGUAUCCCGUGGGCCUGGCCUGUCUAAAGCCUUUGUGGGACAGAAAAACACAUUCACUGUAGAUUGCAGCAAAGCAGGCACCAACAUGCUGAUGGUAGGAGUGCAUGGGCCAAAGACCCCCUGUGAUGAGGUGUAUGUAAAGCACACGGGGAACCGACAAUACAAUGUGACCUACACUGUUAAAGAUAAAGGGGACUACAUCUUGAUCGUCAAGUGGGGUGACCAGAAUGUCCCUGGGAGUCCAUUUCAAGUUGCUGUCCCUUGAGGCAGUUAUAUAUUCCCUAACAUUGGGGUGGCAUCACAGGGAGCCAACUCAUGUGCCACUGAAGGACAGGACACUUAUUUUUUUAUGCAAAUGCACUGAACAAAAAAAACAAACUGUAAUAGCAAGAUACCAUAAUUUCACUAAGUGCCUUUGCACAUAUAACCUAAGAACUCUCCUAUAGCAUGCAGGCACAGCAGAGAUGCCAGAAGCAUGGCACAGGGAGAGGGGGCAGCAAGCAUGCACAUUACCCACAAUGCCCAUUUUGCUUUUUACAAAAUGUUCCUUUAUAUUCCGGCUGGUGUUUUAUUUUUUAAUGUUGCUACCUGUUGUUUUAUAUGCGCUUUUUGUGUUUUUUCUAUUGUUGGGAGGGGGGGGGUUGAGUUAAACGAUUAAAGGAGGUAUCAGAGGUCAAGGGGUCAUCACGGCAGAUUACUGCUGGUCAUCGGCAAUAUCUAGAGUGAAAUUCAUUUUACUACAGCACGUAACCGCUUUAUGUCCACCCGUAUGCCAUUACUUUAUUUACUCACAUCUGGUUAUUUGUUCUCCUUAGACUGCUCAUUUCUAUUGUCAUAAUAACAUAUUGAUACACUAGCUGCACAAAAUUGCAGCUAGAAGAAUGGAUGAUUUUUAAAAUAUGGCAUGUGGCAUAUGCAGUAUAAUACAUACCCCAAUGAAGCCCAAAAGAAUGAACUAUAUUUGUUUUAAAUAUGAUAAAAACUGAAUUGUCUUGAUACCAAUUGAAGACACUGAGGUUACUGAUUCGUUUUUUUUUAAAAUAAUCUUUUUUAAAUAUAUUCACAUUUUUAAUAUCGUAUCUUUCUCAAGCAAAAUCUAUAUUUUUUAAUAAAAACAUUUAAGCUAUAUACAUGUUGAUCCCUUGACCCCUGAUAUGGGCAGUCUCAACGAAUAUGAUUGGUUGUCGAAGCACUGUGAUAAAGAGUCAAGGUCGUAUGGACCUUUGCCAUGUGACUGUGUUGCACAGGCCUUAAAAUGUCUGUGUUUAUUUGUUAGAGAUCUUUUAAUUGGUGCAUCCUAAAACGUAAAAUAAAAUGUAUUGCUAAUGUGA